GCUAUGAAUAUCCAUAGCUUGCUAAAUCCUCUCCUUGGGGAUAAACGCGCAAGGUCGAACACCUCAUCGUCGCCACCUCCGGUCCCGAUCUCUCGACACCCAGCAUUAGCAAGCAAUGAGCCCACACCAAAGCGACUGGGAGCUGCAAAGGAUGCGCCCCUCUAUACUAAUGCCAGACCCGUGGGAUUUGUCAACUACCCUCCUUUUGACUAUGAUAUCCACGACAACAAAGAACUCGCCGCUCAUCAUCGUAGCUUUUCCUUAUUCCCCAUGGGCGACGUUACCGGGAAGGGAGUAAGGCGCAUACCAUAUGCCAGCCACAAGAAGGACUUUACAGAUAAGACAGGUCGCGAUGCUUUUGAAGUGUACCAUUACCAUUACCACAAUGACAGGAGGGAGAAAGAGUGGGCAGUAGUGUGGGACUACAAUGUUGGGCUCGUGAGGAUCACGCCGUUCUUCAAAUCGCUUGGACAUCCAAAGACCGCACCUGCCAAAGCACUGAAAGAGAGUCCGGGCCUCAUGGACAUAAGCUACAGCAUCACAGGCGGCUCACUAAUCUGUCAAGGAUACUGGGUACCCUACCAAGCCGCAAAAGCCCUUGCCUCAACCUUCUGCUACGACAUCCGAUGGGCCCUAACCCCAAUCUUCGGUCCAGACUUCCCUUCCACCUGCGUGCACCCCAAAGACGCUUCGUUCCAGAAAUAUCGUCUCGACCCCUCCAUCGUUCGCUUCUGUACACAAGAGACGAAUCGUUUCCGCCAUGAACGCGAUGCGUACAAGAUCUUGCCCUCGAUUGGGCUUCCUCCGCUUCCAAAAGCCGCUCUGCCUCCUACAUAUUCACCGACGAGCUACGGAAAAGAUAUAGACGAGUCUUCUGCCAUACAAGUUGAGGGCUAUGAGGAAGAUUCAGGAGAGAUAGAAGAAGAGGAAGAAGGGACACCACCACCUACCCGCCCAAAAUUCGAGGACCCAAACUGGAACCCCUAUAGCGUUUCUUACCCCUCUCCCUCCUCGAUGUCCUACACACACCACCACCUUCGACAUCAUCAUCAUCACACCGAAAAACCUACACCAUCCGUACUGUCCCACCAACAAAGCAAUAUUCGUCUCCGCCAUAAUCUCGAGAACCCCCACUCUACCCGCAAACGAGCAAGCAAGAACGCACCAACAUCAUCCCCGGCAAACCCACCCCCUCCGCCAUCAUCAUACUACCGCUCCCCGCAGAUCUCUCCCCGCAGCACACCAACAACAACGACCUCGUCCUGGACACCGAUCAAUGGCUCGCAGUCACCUAUUACGCCGUAUGCACCAAUCAGGGAAAGGUCGUUGCAUACCCCAUCUUCGGAAGCGUCGUUCACGGGCAGUCCAGGGGAGAAUGGACGAGGGGUUGCGGUAGAUGUUCCUAGUUCCGGUUCUGGGGGUGGGAAGAGGAGGGUAGAGUGGGAGAGCGGCGAUGGAAUGAAAGAAGGGCAAGGUGAAGAAGGGUUUUCAAGGAAGGAAAUGGAUGCUGUUGAGGCUAUGUUGAUGUUGAGGAAUGCGGAUCAGAGUUUGUCUAGGAAGAGGAGGGUUGUUUGA